CUGAGCGCAAAGCCGAAAGUACAAGCAGGACGGAAAGUGAAACCGGCGCAGCCCCCAGUAUAAGACCCCUGCCCGGGAGAUGGCUGGCCACACAGGCUGGGCCCCGCCAUGGGCCAGAUGGCAGGCGACCUUGGCUGGCGGCUCAGCCUCUUGUUGCUCUCCUUGCUCCUGGCUCGUGCUGGUGUUUGGGGAUUCCCGAGGCCGCCAGGGAGGCCCCCCCUGAGCCUGCAGGAGCUGCGGAGGGAGUUCAAGGUCAGCCUGCACCUCGCCAGGAAGCUGUUCUCCGAGGUUCGGACCCAGGCCCACCGCUUUGCUGAAUCUCACCUGCCAGGAGUGAGCCUGGACCUCCUGCCCCUGGGAGAUCAGCUCCCCAAUGUCUCCCUGACCUUCCAGGCCUGGCACAGCCUCUCUGACCCAGAACGACUCUGCUUCCUCUUCAUGACACUUCGCCCCUUCCAUGCCCUGUUGGGAAGCCUGGGAAGCCAGGGGGGCUGGACGAGCUCAGAGAAGAUAGAGCUAUGGACCAUGAGGUUGGACCUCCGGGAUUUGCAGCGGCAUCUCCACUUCCAGGUGCUGGCUGCGGGACUCAACCUCCCCGAGGAGGAUGACGAGGAGAGGAAGGAGCUGCUCCCAGGGGCUCCGAGUGGCCUCUCACGGGUGUCAGGGCAGCCGUCCUGGCCCCAGCUCCUCUAUACCUACCAGCUGCUGCACUCCUUGGAGCUCGUCUUAGCUCGGGCCGUAAGGGACUUGCUCUUACUCUCCCAAGCCGGAAACCCAGCCCCGGCCUCGGGGUCCUCAUUCGGCUCCCGGCCCUGAUGGGGUGACCGCUCAGCCCCUUCCCUUCGCCCUUCAUUCAGUUCGGGCCAACGGGACAGCCUCCAGCUCGUCUGCCUUAAACAGGGCAGGACUCCACCGGCCUCCCGCCCCAGCCCCCACCCAAUAACUUAAGCCCCCUCCAGGCCCUGCCGGAUAUUUAUUUCUUGGAUAUUUAUUUAUUGUUUAGGAAAAUGAUGGUUUAUUUAUUGUUUCAGAGCCGGCUAGUUGUCCCCGGGCUAGGCCACCGUGCGGGGUGCCGAAUAAAGCACUGUCAUCCUC